AUCGCUGCUGGACCUCUCCACUACAGUCCCAUCAUGUCUAAUUUGGAGCUGCUGGACUUUGAGCGCAGUGGAGCUCCAGGGAUUUCAGAGGUGAAUAUUUGAAGAUGAAACUGGACAUUGCGACCCUAAUCAGCCCCACCUCCAGAGUCCGACCUCUACCAGCAUGUCGUAACGCCGACAGAACUCCCCCAUCGAACGGUACUGCUGGAUGCCACUCUUCAGCAGGGGAGGAUGGGUGAUAGUCCCAUGAGAAUCACCUCCGCCCACAAUCCUCAUUCCAUCCUCUCAUGGAGCAUACAGCCGCCUACAACACACCGUGGAACAUCAUCCACACCACCUCUUGGCGUCCGAACGCAACCCAGCUUAACGCCUCAGGACUGAGCGAGCCCAGAGAUGGACACCUCCUGCAGACGCUCGGCCUGUGCACCAUGCUCCUGAUGGACAUACUGGCUAUAGUAGGCAACUUAGCCGUAAUGACAGUCAUCGCCAGGACACCGCGACUACGUAAAUUUGUGUUCGUCUUCCAUCUCUGCCUGGUGGAUCUCAUCGCGGCCCUGGUGUUAAUGCCUCUGGGUAUGCUGUCAGGUCAGGGCUUUUUCAACAAGGCUCUUUGUCAGGGUUACCUGUGUCUGAGCGUGGGACUGAUCAGUGCUGCUAUCCUCACUAUCUCAGCCAUCAAUGUCGAGAGAUACUACUACGUCGUUCAUCCCAUGCGCUACGAGGUGAAAAUGACUGUGGGGUUGGUGGUUUCAGUUCUGAUUGGAAUAUGGAUCAAAGCCAUCCUCAUGUCCGCGUUCCCUUUACUCGGCUGGGCGCUCGAUAGAGAGGAGCUGGGAAUGGCUCUGGGGAAUGUUAUGGGGAAAAUCGUUGAACCAAAGUGCUGCUCGCUCCACUGGAUGGUGGAAGGGCCCCAACGGCUGGUGUUCAUGGUCCUUUUUACCCUCAUGUACUUCCUGUGUCCAGUCCUCAUCAUCUUUGUGGUGUACUACAACAUGUUUAAGGUGGCCAGGGUUGCUGCCAUGCAGCAAGGGCCAGUCCCCACAUGGAUGGAGACUCCCCGGCCGCACUCUGAAUCUCUGAGCAGCCGCUCCAGCAUGGCGGCCAGCCUCAGCGGAGCUCGGACCACCCCUCAGAGGACUUUCAGUGGGGGCAAGGCUGCGGUGGUCCUAGUCGCCGUAGGAGGUCAGUUCCUUGGGUGCUGGCUGCCUUAUUUCUCCUUCCACAUGUACUGCGCCGUCAUGCCGUCCUCUCACGAAUCCCUCGCACGCAUGGCCCAGCUUGAGAACGUCUUCACUUGGAUCGGGUACUUCUGUUUCACCUCCAAUCCUUUUUUCUAUGGCUGUCUGAAUCGGCAGAUCAGGGAAGAGCUGGCCAGAAACCUGGCCUUCGUUUUUAAGUGGGGGCGUCCCGGUGAAGAAGAACAGCUGCCCAGUCGAGAGGCUUCUAUUGAGGAGAACUUUCUCCAGUUUCUUCAGGGCACAGGUUGCAAUAUGCGGCCAAGGAAUUCCCAAAGCAUCUCCAUCCCUCAACAGGAAGAGGACAAUCCUCUCUCCACCGAACUCCACAGGCCAUCUGUUGACUUCCACAUUCCUGGCCAGAUCAUGGAGGAGACCUCGGAGUUCAUAGAGCACCAACACAUGAACGACCUUAAUAUAUCAGACAAUUGUAUCAAGACAAAAUCGGAACUGCAAGGUUGAUAUUUUCAGAUGUGAAAUCUAUAUUUAAUCAUAUAUUGUUGCUAUGUUUUACUAUUGGAUCUUUUUAUACUCUGCCGACAAAUUUGUACAUAGCUUGUUUUACAUUUUUGGUUGGUAGGUUUAUGUCAUACCCAAAGCAUUUUUUUUUUCUUUAGAGAAGAUAUGUUGAACUGAUGAAAUGACCUCAUUUCAACACAUUACCACUAGACAGAAACGUAUUUACAUAGAUUCAGCGACAUUUGUCCGAACAAUGUAACAUGGAAGCAACAUUGUGACGUGGAAUCUGUAUUCAAAAAGCGGUAUGAACCGCAAGUGGUCGAUGUUACAAACUUUUAAUGCUCCUAAUGUUAAUUCAGACAACAAAUGAGUAUAAAAUUGGUUAAUAACUAAGUAUUAUUGUAACAACAAAAUUUGGAGCAUGCACUAAUAUUGAACCAAGGUUGUUUGUGUGGUGGAUAGAUUCUAAUUCUUUAGUUGCCGUAAAAUUAUGGCCG